AAACUUAUUUUAUAUAUCUGAUUUGAAAUAUACAAGUUCCAAAUUUAAAAUGGGAAUUCCUGGACUAACUGUAUACAUAAAUAAUCAUUCUGACCGUUACUUGCGGUAUUAUGAAUUACAUAAUACAUAUUUAGUGAUUGACGGUAACAACGUAGGUUGUCAAAUAUAUCAUUCGCAAAAGGCAUAUCGUAAUUGUGCAUUCGGCGGCAAUUAUGAUGGAUAUGUACACGACGUGUCAAUCUUUUUCGACGAUCUGUUAAAAUGUGGCAUAACACCGUUGGUUUUGAUUGACGGUGGUACCGAGGACAAAGAAUUAAGAACAGUCAUAAAGAGGACCAAAGAGAAAAUCCGGAAAGUUUCGACUUAUUCUCCGUAUCAGAGAUUUCUGCCCGUAUUACAAGGAGAAGUUUUCAGAGAUGUGAUGAGAGAAAAGAACAUUCGACAGGUACAGUGUCUAUUUGAAGCAGAUAAUGAUAUAGCUGCAAUAGCAAGAAUGCUCGAGUGUCCUGUACUCAGUGGAGAUGCGGAUUUUUAUCCAUUUCACACAUUGAAUGUUGGUACAGUUAUGCGUUCAGGUGGAAGAUAUGUAAAACAAUGUAAAAUUUAUAAAGUCGAAUAUUUACUAAGUUCAUUUAGAGGGCUGCAGGAAUCAAUGUUACUAUUGGCAGCAAUCUUGUUCGGUAACGAUUAUGUCGAACGUGGAACGUUCAAAAACUUCUUUCGUCAUUUGAAAUUGAAGACGGCAUCAGGGGGAAAGUGCGUGAAAGAACGUUGCAUCGAGGCAAUUUUUUCAUGGCUAAGCAAGUUCACCUUGGACGAAGCAGUUGCCAACAUCUUAACAAGAAUACGAAAACCUUCGCGACGAAGCGUAUUGAAUUUAAUAGAAGAGAAUAUAAGUUAUACGAAUGCAUUAGCUGAAAUACUUGUACCAUUAGGAUUUCCAGGAGAUUACCUCGCUCGUAGAGAUACGCGUCGCUUGAACAGGAGUUUUAAAUUUAACGGCGACAUUGAUACUUUGAUCUACAUGGGAGAAGUUUGUAAAGGAGAAGAGGAGGUGAGCAAGAAGGACGACAACGGUGAGAUAAAACUAAUGAACACAAUUAAUGAGACCGAAUCGUUGUCGCGAAAUGAAGCCAUUAGUAAAUUGCCUAAAUGGUUUGUAAACGAACAUCUUUUGGCCAAAUAUCCUCCGUAUUUCAUGAACAUGAUAGUUCGUAGAUUGUAUUUUUGUCCAAUACAAAUUGAAAAUAUCAAUUAUUCUUCGAGUAAUGUGAUAACUUUAAAGAUCAUUAGCGUUAUUUUUGGACUUUUAAAAUCAGCAAUAAAUGACAAAGUACGUUACAUGAGAUACAUAAUCAGAGAUCAAAGGAGAAUUGUAUUACGUGAAUUAGAAGGCACAGAGACACUAGAUUGUUGUAAACUUCCAUCUCUAUCCAAACUUAGGGAAAUUCCAUCAAGUUCACGCAAAGAGAUCUUGAAUAAAACUUUAGGGAUUAGCGAUGCAGAUGGUAUAAAUGAACUUCCGCCAAACUGGAUAUUAUAUUUUGGAUAA